AACUCAAAGCACUCAAAGCUCAACAAGGAUGUCUGCAAUUAAAUUCAAUCUGGUGCUAGUGCUCGGCUGCUGUCUGCUGGCGCUGGUGGCAGCUCAAGCUGCGCUGGAGCAGGAGUCGCUGCCUUUGCCGCUGCUGCGUCAGCGUCGUGAGGGCGGCUCUGUGGUCAUCACGGCCAGCAAGGAUCGUGAGACGGGACGUAAUGCGGGCGUGCAAUAUAAUCACAAUCUGUACACAAGUGGCGAUGGGCGUGGCAGCAUUGACGCCUAUGCCAAUGCGAAUCGUAACUUUGAUCACAAUCGCAAUGAUUACGGUGGCGGCAUUCAGGGACGCUGGCGCUUUUAAAUGACAGGCAGAAAGGACUUAACA